AUGGCCGUGCUUGAUCUUGAAAAGGAUGUGGGAGUAGACAACUGUAUCGGAAAUAAAUUCAACAAAAAGUAUAUUCCACAAGAAAUAAUAGGUACCGGUGCGAGCAGUACGGUGCGUCGAUGCAUUUUGAAGGAUACGAAAGAGGAAUUUGCUGUAAAAGUUUUGGAUUUAAAUAGUGGAGUUGAUACAAAUGAAGUACUCCGAGCAGAAUGUAUGCGAGAAGUCUCCAUCCUUCGCAAGGUUGCUGGCCACCCCAACAUAAUUAAACUUCAAGAUGUUUUCGAGGAAGAUGCUUAUGUCUUUCUAGUUUUUGAGCUUUGCAAAGGCGGAGAGCUCUUUGAUUACUUGACGAAAAUGGUCACUCUCUCUGAGAAGCGAACUCGUCUCAUAAUGCGUCAAAUGAUUGACGCUCUUAAUUACAUUCAUUCAAAAGGAAUCGUUCAUCGUGAUCUCAAACCCGAGAAUAUUCUUAUGGAUGCUGACAUGAAUAUCAAAAUUACUGACUUUGGUUUAGCUGUUUUUGCUACUGACAUUGCUGAGCUUCAAGAAACCCGUGGAACACCUGGUUAUCUUGCCCCAGAAGUUCUUCGGUGUGGUUAUUAUGAGGGCCAGCCUCCUUAUGGCCAACCGGUUGAUGUCUGGGCUUGUGGAGUUAUCAUGUAUACCCUUCUUGUUGGAUUUCCCCCAUUUUGGAAUCGAAAAGAAUACCUGAUGCUCAGACAAAUCAUGCAGGGUAACUACUCCUUCCCUAGUCCUGAAUGGGACGAAAUUAGUGAUACUGCCAAAGAUCUCAUUCGUUCAAUGCUAAUUGUGGACGCCUCUCAGCGUAUCAAGCCCAUUGAUGCUCUCUCCCACGACUUCUUCAAACAAAUCAUCACCGCUCCCACACCAACCAAAUUCCAUGGCAGGCGGAAGUUCAGGUCGGCAUAUCGAGUGCUUCUGUUCAUUCGAAUGCUAAAAGAUCUCCGAGCCAACGGAACCACCCUCUCAUUGCACAAACUCUCCACUGACCCCUAUUCCAAUAAGCGCCUACGCAAGUUGAUCGAUGCGCUAGCCUUUGACGUGUACAGCCAUUGGAUCAAACGAGGUGAUGAGCAAAACCGUGCUGCCCUCUACGAGAACAAUCCACACUCUGAACAGGUCCAAGCAGCCCAAGCAUCCUUCGAAUUUCACCCUGAUCUCAUAAAGAGUGUCGGAGGGGGUGAUCAAGGGGCAUUCGCUUCCGAUGAUCAUGUUUUCAAUGAGAAUUCUGGCGUUCGGUGGUAG